AUGGCGAGAAGCCGGCAGUCCAUCCUCCUGGCCUUCGCUGUCGGGGCAAUGGUGGCGGUGCUGCUGGCCUCCCCGGCGGCGGCCAAGAGCUACAACAUCACCAAGAUCCUGGCGGCACACCCGGAGUUCUCCAAGUUCAACGCGAUGCUGAGCAAGACGCGGCUCGCGUCCGACAUCAACCGGCGCCAGACCAUCACCGUGCUGGCCCUGGACAACUCGGCCAUGGCGGCGCUGGACCACUACACGCUGCCCACCGUCCGCCACAUCCUGUCCCUGCACGUCCUCGUCGACUACUACGGCAACAAGAAGCUCAAGCAGCUCUCGCGCGGCGCCACCGCCUCCGCAUCCAUGUUCCAGUACGUCAAGUCCAUCAAGGAGAUCCCCUACGACAUCUCGGUGCUCGAGAUCAACUCCGUGCUCUCCUCCUCCGAGGCCGAGGCGCCCGUCCCGCCGCCGGCGCCCGUCGACCUCAUCGAGCUCCUCUCCAAGAAGCACUGCAAGUCGUUCGCCGGGCUCAUCUCCGGCAACGCCGACGUGUUCCGCACGCUCAACGAGACCAAAGACAACGGCCUCACGCUCUUCUGCCCCGUCGACGCCGCCGUGGCCGCCUUCAUGCCCAAGUACAAGAACCUCACGGCCAAGGCCAAGACGGCCAUCCUGCUCUACCACGGCGUGCCGGACUACUUCUCGCUGCAGCUGCUCAAGUCCAACAACGGCAUGGUCUCCACGCUCGCCACCACCAGCGAGGUCAAGAAAGACUACAGCUACGACGUGCAGAACGACGACGAGAAGGUCACCCUCGUCACCAAGGUCGUCACCUCCACCGUCACCGCCACCGUCGGCGACAGCGAGCCGCUCGCCGUCUACGCCGUCUCCAAGUUCUUGAAGCCAAAGGAGCUGUUCAAGGUCGCCCAGGCGCCAACGCCCGCCCCGUCAAAGAAGGGCAAGAAGGAGGCUGGCGACGACGACGACUCGUCUGACGACGAAGAUUCCGAUGAUGCCACCACUGAUAAGGGUGAUGCCGCGCCAGCGGUAUACGGGCGAUGGGCGACCGCGGCUGCGACGGCGGGAGCAGUAUUGGCAUUGUUGAUGGGCUAA